AUGAGACAAAGUCCCAACAACAGCGAUUUUCGUCUGCACGACUACUUCGGCCAAAAGAGUAGCAAAAGGUGUGCGCUGGUUGUGUGUUGUGUGUGGCAAGUGGUGUGCUGGGCGUGUACCAACCCAAGCAUCGGGGUGGCAUACCCCGGAGGCGUCAGACUCGUCUCUACAGCAUCACACCGAUUAGCCGUUUUAAGGUCUGGCUUGUUGAUUGAAAGUGACUUUCCGGCCGAUCUGUUCGUCUGCCGGUACAGCCCAACAGGACGGGGAUACCACGAGGAAGAUGAACGUGAUUAUAUGAAAAUUGCCAGUGGCAACGAGAGCUUUUACGGGCAACAUCCUUCUCAUCAAGGACACCUAUUCUGGACUUGGUCCGAGAAUAAAAGAAUUCGGCAUCAAAAUGAAGAUGAGCUGUUUACCUGCGUCCCGGGUGCGCGUAAACAGCUGACACAAAAGGGUUUAAUGCACCAGCUACAAGUCGUCAGUGGCAUCUGUCCUAGCCUCGGUGGACCAACUUCUCGGGUAGCAUCACACAUCCACUCAAGUACAGCCAUACUUGCCUCCACGUGGCCAGAAUGCAUUCUCUAA